AUUGCCUCUUCAAAGUAUGUCCCAUGAACCGCUACUCUGCCCAGAAGCAGUACUGGAAGGCCAAGCAAACCAAGCAGGACAAGGAGAAGAUUGCCGACGUGGUUCUGCUGCAGAAACUCCAGCAUGCAGCCCAGAUGGAGCAGAAGCAGAAUGAGACAGAGAAUAAAAAAGUGCAUGGUGACGUGGUGAAGUACGGCAGCGUCAUACAGCUCCUGCACAUGAAGAGCAACAAGUACCUGACGGUGAACAAGCGACUGCCAGCCCUGCUCGAGAAAAACGCCAUGAGGGUGACGCUGGAUGCCACCGGCAACGAGGGCUCCUGGCUCUUCAUCCAGCCCUUCUGGAAGCUGAGGAGCAAUGGAGAUAACGUAGUCGUGGGAGACAAAGUCAUCCUGAACCCCGUCAACGCUGGGCAGCCGCUGCAUGCCAGCAACUACGAGCUCGCUGACAACGCCGGCUGCAAGGAGGUGAACUCAGUCAAUUGUAACACCAGCUGGAAAAUCAACCUUUUCAUGCAGUUCUGCGACCACAUGGAGGAAGUGCUGAAAGGGGGGGACGUGGUGAGGCUCUUCCACGCCGAGCAGGAGAAGUUUCUCACCUGCGACGAGUACAAAGGCAAGCUGCACGUCUUCCUCCGCACCACCCUGCGGCAGUCGGCCACCUCGGCCACCAGCUCCAACGCCCUGUGGGAGGUGGAGGUUGUCCACCACGACCCGUGCCGGGGGGGAGCCGGGCACUGGAACGGCUUGGACGGCUUCAAGCACCUCGCUACGGGCAACUACCUGGCAGCAGAGGAAAACCCAAGUUAUAAAGGAGACGUGGCUGAGCCCAAAGCAGCGCCCACGUCCCUGUUCGAGCUGGCACCCACCACGCUGCAGAAGACGGACUCCUUCGUCCCGCGGAACUCCUACGUGAGGCUACGACACCUCUGCACCAACACCUGGAUCCAGAGCACCAACGUGCCCAUUGACAUCGACGAGGAGAGGCCCAUUCGUCUCAUGCUGGGCACGUGCCCCACUAAAGAAGACAAAGAAGCCUUCGCCAUCGUCUCUGUGCCCGUGUCUGAGAUCCGGGACCUGGACUUUGCCAACGACGCCAGCUCGAUGUUGGCCAACGUGGUGGACAAGAUGAACGAAGGUUUUCUCAGCCAGAAUGACCGGAGGUUUGUGAUCCAGCUGCUGGAGGACUUGGUGUUUUUUGUCAGCGAUGUCCCCAACAACGGUCAGAACGUGCUGGACAUCGUGGUGACCAAGCCCAACCGGGAGCGGCAGAAGCUGAUGCGGGAACAGAACAUCCUGAAGCAGAUCUUUGGGAUCCUGAAAGCCCCCUUCAAGGACAAGGGUGGGGAAGGUCCCCUGGUGCGGCUGGAAGAGCUGUCAGACCAGAAAAACGCUCCCUACCAGUACAUGUUUCGGCUGUGCUACCGCGUGCUCCGGCACUCCCAGGAGGACUAUCGCAAGAACCAGGAGCACAUCGCCAAGCAGUUCGGCAUGAUGCAGUCUCAGAUCGGCUACGACAUCCUGGCCGAGGACACCAUCACGGCCCUGCUGCACAACAACCGCAAGCUGCUGGAGAAGCACAUCACGAAGACUGAGGUGGAGACCUUCGUCAGCCUGGUGCGCAAGAACCGCGAGCCACGGUUUUUGGAUUACCUCUCGGACCUGUGCGUAUCCAACCACAUUGCCAUCCCCGUCACCCAGGAGCUGAUCUGCAAGUGCGUGCUGGACCCAAAGAACAGCGACAUCCUCAUCAAAACUGAGCUGAGGCCAGUGAAGGAGAUGUCCCAGACCCACGAGUACCUGAGCAUCGAGUACUCAGAGGAGGAGGUCUGGCUCACCUGGACAGACAAGAACAACGACCACCAUGAGAAAAGCAUCCGGCAGCUGGCGCAGGAGGCCCGGGCUGGCAAUGCCCAUGAUGAGAACGUCCUCAGCUACUACAGGUACCAGCUGAAGCUCUUUGCCCGCAUGUGCCUGGAUCGCCAGUACUUGGCCAUCAAGGAGAUCUCCCAGCAGCUGGGUGUGGACCUGAUCUUCCUCUGCAUGGCAGAUGAGAUGCUGCCCUUCGACCUCCGGGCGUCCUUCUGCCACCUCAUGUUGCACGUGCACGUGGACAGGGACCCCCAGGAGCUGGUGAUGCCCGUGAAGUUUGCGCGGCUCUGGACCGAGAUCCCCACGGCAAUCACGAUCAAAGACUACGACUCCAACCUCAACGCCUCACGCGAUGACAAGAAGAACAAGUUUGCCAGCACCAUGGAGUUCGUGGAGGACUACCUCAACAACGUGGUGAGCGAGGCAGUGCCCUUCGCCAACGAGGAGAAGAACAAGCUCACCUUCGAGGUCGUCAGCCUUGCCCACAACCUCAUCUACUUCGGCUUCUACAGCUUCAGUGAGCUGCUGCGCCUGACACGGACGCUGCUGGGCAUCAUCGACUGCGUCCAGAACCCUCAGCUGAUGAUGGGGGCAGUCUACAACGACGAGGUGACGGGGAAGAACGUGCGGAGGUCGAUCCAGGGCGUUGGGCAGAUGAUGUCCACCAUGGUGCUGAGCAGGAAGCAGUCCAUCUUCAGCCCCCCGAGCCUCAGUGCUGGGUCUGCCCCUGAGCAAGUGGACAGAGGGAGGAGCAUUGAGAGCGAGAACAUUGUGGUGAUGGAGACCAAGCUGAAGAUCCUGGAGAUCUUGCAGUUCAUCCUGAACGUGCGGCUGGACUACAGAAUUUCCUACCUGCUUUCCGUCUUCAAGAAGGAGUUUGUGGAAGUCUACCCCAUGCAGGACAGUGCGGCCGACGGGACGGCUCCAGCCUUUGACUCCACAACUGCAGCCAUGAACCUGGACCGGAUUGGGGAGCACGCAGAAGCCAUGUUCGGUGUGGGGAAGACGAGCAGCAUGUUAGAGGUGGAUGACGAGGGAGGGAGGAUGUUUCUGCGGGUGCUGAUCCACCUGACGAUGCACGACUACCCGCCGCUCAUCUCCGGCUCCCUGCAGCUCCUCUUCAAGCACUUCAGCCAGAGGCAGGAGGUCUUGCACACCUUCAAGCAGGUUCAGCUCCUGAUCUCAGCCCAAGAUGUUGAGAACUACAAGGUGAUCAAGUCGGAGCUGGACAAACUCCGCACCAUGGUGGAGAAGUCGGAGCUCUGGGUGGACAAGAAGGGCAGCAGCAAAGGGGACAGCACAGUGGAGGGCAACAAGAAGGAGAAGAAAGAGCAUGCUGCUGAUGAAGAGGUCAUUGCUCCAGGAGAGAAGAGCAGCGAGAACUAUCAGAUAGUCAAAGGGAUCCUGGAGCGGCUAAAUAAGAUGUGCGGGGUCGGAGAGCAAGUGCGCAAGAAGCAGCAGCGCCUUCUGAAGAACAUGGACGCUCACAAAGUGAUGCUGGAUCUGCUGCAGAUCCCUUAUGAGAAGGGUGAUGCCAAGAUGAUGGAGAUCCUGAAAUUCACCCACCAGUUCCUGCAGAAGUUUUGUGCUGGCAAUCAGGAAAACCAAGCCCUGCUGCACAAACACCUCAACCUGUUCCUGACCCCAGGGCUCUUGGAGGCUGAGACGAUGCAGCACAUCUUCCUCAACAACUACCAGCUCUGCUCCGAGAUCAACGAGACGGUGCCGCAACACUUCAUCCACUGCGUGGCCACCCAUGGCCGCCACGUCCAGUACCUCGACUUCCUGCACACCAUCAUCAAGGCUGAGGGCAAGUACGUCAAGAAGUGCCAGGACAUGAUCAUGACCGAGCUCACCAACGCCGGGGAUGAUGUGGUGGUUUUCUACAAUGACAAGGCUUCACUGGCCACCCUCUUGGAGAUGAUGACAGCAGCCAGGGAUGGGGUGGAGGAGAACAGCCCGCUGAUGUACCACAUCUCACUGGUGGACCUGUUGGCUGCCUGUGCCGAGGGCAAGAACGUCUACACGGAGAUCAAGUGCACGUCCCUGCUGCCCUUGGAGGACGUGGUGCGGGUGGUGACACAUGAGGAUUGCAUCACGGAGGUGAAGAUGGCCUAUGUGAACUUUGUCAACCACUGCUACGUGGACACGGAGGUGGAGAUGAAGGAGAUCUACACCAGCAACCACAUCUGGACUCUCUUUGAGAACUUCACCCUGGACAUGGCCCGGAUGUGCAAGAAGCGAGAGAAACGCCUGCCAGAUCCUACGCUGGAGAAGUACGUGCUGACAGUGGUGCUGGACACCAUCAACGCGUUUUUCAGCUCCCCCUUCUCAGAGAACAGCACCUCGCUGCAGACCCACCAGACCAUUGUGGUGCAGCUUCUCCAGUCCACCACGAGGCUGCUGGAGUGUCCCUGGCUGCAGCAGCAGCACAAGAGCUCGGUGGAAGCCUGCAUCCGCACACUGGCCAUGGUCGCCAAGAGCCGCUCCAUCGCGCUGCCCAUGGACCUGGAUGCCCAUGUCAGCUCCCUGCUCAACAGCAGCUCCACCAGCACCGUGCAGAGGAACACGUCCAGCUACAAGACGGCCACACGGACCUUCCCCCGGGUUUCCACCACCCCCAACCAGUGGGACUACAAGAACAUCAUAGAGAAGCUGCAGGACAUCAUCAGCGCCUUGGAGGAUCGCCUGAAGCCACUGGUGGAGGCUGAGCUGUCUGUCCUGGUGGAUGUCCUCCCCCGGCCGGAGCUGCUUUUCAUGGAGGGGACGGAGGCGUUUCAGCGAUGCGAGAGCGGAGGUUUCCUGUCCAAGCUGGUGCAGCACACCAAGGACCUCAUGGAGACGGAGGAGAAGCUGUGCAUCAAGGUGCUGAGGACUCUGCAGCAGAUGCUGGUGAAGAGGAACAAGUACGGUGAGAGGGGCAACCUGCUGCGGAAAAUGCUCCUGAACAAUUACCUGCAGAACAAGAAGUCCAGCUCCAAAGGAGAAGUCAUGGAUGCUGCUGGCGGAGGCCAAGACCAGGACUGGUCCGCUAUCGCUGCUGUCCAGUGCCGGCUGGACCGGGAAGGGGCCACCAAGUUGGUGGCUGACCUCAUCAUGAACACCAAGAACGAGAAGAUCUUCCAAGAGAGCAUCCUGCUUGCCAUCCGGCUGCUGGAUGGAGGCAACACCGAGAUCCAGAAAUCCUUUUAUAACCUCAUGACGAGCGACAAGAAGUCCGAGAAGUUCUUCAAAGUGUUGCACGACCGGAUGAAGAAGGCGCAGCAGGAGACCAAGUCGACGGUGUCUGUGAACAUGAGCGACAUCGGGAACAAGCCUCGUGAGGACAAAGAGGAGCCUGACCCUGGCACCAAAGGACGAGGAGACACCUUCCUGAUGCCUGGCACCCCCUCCCGAUACCCGAUGGCCAUAGGCUUUCGGAAGGGCCAUGACACUGGGGAGCAGGGUCAGAACAAUGAAAUGGGGGUGACAGUCCUGAUCAUGGAGCCCAUCCUGCGCUUCCUGCAGCUGCUCUGCGAGAACCACAACCGGGACCUGCAGAACUUCCUCCGGUGCCAGAACAACAAAACCAACUACAAUCUAGUGUGUGAGACACUCCAGUUCCUCGACAUCAUGUGUGGCAGCACCACGGGGGGGCUGGGGCUGCUGGGCCUCUACAUCAACGAGUACAACGUGGCCCUCAUCACCCAGACCCUGGAGACCCUCACCGAGUACUGCCAAGGGCCCUGCCACGAGAACCAGAGCUGCAUCGUGACUCACGAGUCCAAUGGGAUCGACAUCAUCACAGCCCUCAUCCUGAACGACAUCAGCCCCCUCUGCAAGUACCGCAUGGACCUGGUCCUGCAGCUGAAGGACAAUGCCUCCAAGCUCCUCUUGGCACUCAUGGAGAGCAGACAUGACAGCGAAAACGCUGAGCGGAUCCUCAUCAGCCUCCGCCCGCAGGAACUGGUGAGCAUGAUUAAGAAGGCCUAUCUGCAGGAGGAGGAGUGUGAAAAUGCUGAGGUUUCCCCCCGGGAAGUUGGCCAUAACAUUUAUAUACUGGCGCUGCAGGUAUUGAGCUGUGACAGCAGGCUCCUGAAGCCGGUGAAGCGCAUCCAGGAGGAGGAGGAGGAGGGUAUCUCGUCCAUGCUCAGCCUGAACAACAAGCAGCUGACGCAGAUGCUGAAGUCGACAGCCCCGGUCCAGGAAGAAGAGGAGGACCCGCUGGCCUAUUACGAGAAACACACCUCCCAGAUUGAGAUUGUGCGCCUGGACCGGAGCAUGGAGCAGAUAAUCUUCCCGGUGCCUGGCAUCUGCGAGUUCCUCACCAAGGAAACCAAAUACCGGCUCUUCACCACCACGGAGCAGGACGAGCAGGGCAGCAAAGUCAGUGAUUUCUUCGACCAGUCGUCCUUCCUUCACAACGAGAUGGAAUGGCAGAAGAAACUACGCAGCAUGCCGCUGAUGUACUGGUUCUCCCGCAGAAUGACGCUCUGGGGAAGCAUUUCCUUCAACCUGGCUGUCUUCAUCAACAUAAUCAUUGCUUUCUUCUACCCCUAUGUUGAAGCCACUUCCAUGGGAGUGCUGGAUUCCCCACUGAUCUCACUGCUCUUCUGGAUUCUGAUCUGCUUCUCCAUCAUGGCCUUGUUCACCAAGCGCUACGGCGUCAGACCGCUGCUCGUGGCGCUGAUCUUGCGCUCGAUUUACUACUUGGGGAUUGGACUCACCCUGAACAUACUGGGAGCUCUCAAUCUGACCAACAAGAUCGUGUUUGUGGUGAGCUUCGUGGGCAACCGUGGGACCUUCAUCCGAGGCUACAAGGCCAUGAUCAUGGAUGUGGAAUUUCUUUACCACGUUGGCUACAUCCUGACGAGCGUCCUGGGACUCUUCGUGCACGAGCUCUUCUACAGCAUCCUGCUGUUUGACUUGAUCUACCGCGAGGAGACCUUGUUUAAUGUCAUCAAAAGCGUGACGCGGAACGGGCGCUCCAUCCUGCUCACAGCCCUCCUGGCUCUCAUCCUCGUCUACCUCUUCUCCAUCGUGGGCUUCCUUUUCCUGAAGGAUGACUUCAUCCUGGAGGUGGACCGGCUGCCAGACAGCAAAGCCAAAGAUGACCCCUUGGGGAUGCAAAGGAAUAUGGAGACCUUCAUGGAGUCAUGCAGCGGUGACAAAAUUAGCUGCUCUGCUGUGCCCACUGCUUUGGAAGAAACAGAGGCUGACCAGUGGGAACGCGCCUGUGACACGCUGCUCAUGUGCAUCGUCACCGUCCUGAACCACGGCCUGAGGAACGGUGGCGGCGUGGGCGACAUCCUGCGGAAACCGUCGAAAGACGAGUCCUUGUUUCCUGCUCGAGUUGUCUACGACCUCCUCUUCUUCUUUAUUGUCAUUAUUAUUGUCCUUAACCUCAUCUUUGGGGUCAUUAUUGACACCUUUGCUGAUCUGAGGAGCGAGAAGCAGAAGAAGGAAGAGAUACUGAAGACCACCUGCUUCAUAUGUGGACUUGAAAGGGACAAGUUUGACAACAAGACCGUGUCCUUUGAGGAGCACAUUAAAUACGAGCACAACAUGUGGAACUACUUGUACUUCAUAGUGCUGGUGCGAGUGAAGAACAAGACAGACUACACGGGGCCUGAGAGUUACGUGGCGCAGAUGAUAAAGAACAAGAACCUCGACUGGUUCCCCCGGAUGCGAGCCAUGUCGCUGGUCAGCAACGAAGGGGAAGGGGAACAGAACGAGAUCCGAAACCUUCAAGACAAGCUCAACACCACGAUGAAGCUGGUGUCCCACCUCACCUCCCAGCUGAAUGAGCUGAAGGAACAGAUGACAGAACAACGGAAGCGCAGACAAAGGAUGGGUUUCGUGGACGUCCAGAAUACCAUGAACCAUUAAGGCACGGGAGAAGCGUCGGCUUCACCCACCGAGGGACCACACCUACGUAUCAGCUAACGAGGCUGCUUCUUCCUGGGUUCCAUGCAUGGACGUCACUGUCAGAGAGCGCCAGACCAUGCAGGAGGGCUUCACAGCCAACCUUUUCCUUAGAGCGCUUGUAAGCAAUUCGGGAACCAGGGACUGGCCGGGAUUCCUCACGAUACCUGGACCUACACGUUACUCUAAUGCCCUUGUAGGAAGAUAAAUCAUACAGGACUUUCAUUCCUCGUUGCAAUAACUCUUUAGUUUGCAAAUAUGGAGGGUUGUAUCUUUAUCUCCAUGCGCUACAUUCUGCUGGCCUCCGCCUCAGGUGUGGUGUAACUAGCUGUAGGGCUGCAAUAUUUAACUUAUUCC